GGGACCCUCCAUAGUUUGGUUGGCAAUCUUUUCCAAAGUUUCAUACUCCUCACACUACAACUUGCAUUCAUUCAUUCUUCAUUCUUUCCAUUCAAGACUUGCUUUCCUUGCCCCUCUCGUUACUUUCUCAUAUCCUUAACUACCUACACCUUUAAUAUCUAUCUAUCCUUUUAUCUCCAAAGUAUCUAUCUCACUCUUGGGUCCGGAAUAAGAAGUAAACACACGCGCACGCACAAGCUUGAUUGAUUCUUUGCUAUGAAGAAGCUUUGUCCCAAUCUUGAUCGGGAGGAUGGGCUCGAAACCGUGCUUGAGGUCCCUAUCCCGGAGGAGAUUCUCACCCACAAGAGUGGAACCACCAAAGCUUGGCACAACAUGAAGAACUGGAUGAAGCCACACUCUGAAUCGAGAUCAUCGUCAGCAUCCAUGACAGCAGUUUUUGGAGGCAAAAACACUGAGAUUCAGCUUCUGUUAGGUGUUGUUGGAGCGCCAUUAAUCCCUUCACCUAUCGCCUCUGACAACCAACCCAUCACUCGCAGCAUUAAAGACCAACACAUUGAGGUUUCGAUGGCUAAAUAUAUAGUGAAGCAGUAUGUGGCGGCUGUGGGAGGGGAACGUGCUUUGAAUUGUGUGGACAGCAUGUAUGCAAUGGGGCAGGUCAAGAUGGGGACUUCUGAGUUUUGUGCAGGAGAAGGGAGUGUGAAUAGUAAGAAGGUGGUGAAGGUGAAGAACUUGCAGAUGAAGGGAGAGGUGGGGGGUUUCGUGGUGUGGCAGAAGAGGCCAGAGUUGUGGUGCUUGGAGCUUGUGGUUUCUGGCUACAAGAUCAGUGCUGGUAGUGAUGGUAAAGUGGCAUGGAGGCAAACCCCUUGGCAUCAUUCUCAUGCUUCUCGUGGACCACCAAGACCUCUUAGACGUUUCUUACAGGGUCUUGAUCCAAGGUCGACGGCUAAUUUGUUCGGCAACUCCAUAUGCAUCGGAGAGAAGACAGUGAACAACGAAGAUUGUUUCAUAUUGAAACUCGAAGCUGAGCCAUCCACGCUGCGAGCGAGGAGCAACAGCAACGUAGAGAUAGUUCGCCACUCGGUGUGGGGCUACUUCAGCCAAAGAACAGGGCUAUUAGUGCAACUAGAAGACUCACACUUACUCAAACUCAAGUCUCAUCAUGAAAACGAGAACAUAUACUGGGAAACCAACAUGGAGUCCCUCAUACAAGACUACAGGGCCGUUGAUGGCAUCCAAAUAGCACACGCUGGGAAGACUAGGGUGUCCUUGUUAAGGUUUGGUGGGGGCCCCGAGACACAUUCCAAGACAAGAAUGGAAGAGGUUUGGCAAGUUGAGGAAGUGGAUUUUAACAUCAAAGGGUUGUCCCUGGAUUGCUUUUUACCUCCUAGUGAUUUGAAGAGAGAGGAAGAGGAAGAGUCAGAGUGUGGUGGUGGGGUGGUUGCAAGCAAUAAUGCCAAGUUACCCUACAAGAUUCGUUCGGCUUCUUUUAGGAUUAGUGCUUCCAAAGUAGCGGCUGUCAACUUGGAUGACUCGUGUACCAGUGAAAGCGAUGAAGAUUUGUAAAUCUUUGUGUUUCUUUCAUCUUUUCUGUAAAUAGUGGUACAUGGUCGAGUUAGUAGUUGAGCUACAAUGUUAUCUCCUCACUUUUCUCGCUACAAAGUACCAAGUAUAGGAUGGAAACAGUUUUCAAUAGUCAAUAGAAACUUCUUCUACUUAUAUCCUUUUGUUUUUGCCAUUCUGUGGAGUCUUAAAGGUUAGGAAAAAAGACAGUGAAAAACGAAAGGGUAAUUUAUCUGCAAUGUGAAUAACUUAAAGAUAGUAUUCCAACCAUGAAUCUAAUUUCUGUUUG